AUGGUGACUCCCCGUCCGAUCGUUGUACGUGAGGUUUGGCAAGACAACCUCGAACAAGAAUUCUCUGAAAUCGGCCGAGCUCUCCCCCAUCAUCGUUUCGUUGCCUUGGACACUGAGUUCCCAGGCCACGUCUUCCCUGCUCCCUGCCGUAAUCACUCUAAACUGUCUCCCGCUGAGAAUUACCUAUCCAUGAAGCGCAACGUUGAUGCAACUAAGAUUAUUCAACUGGGUCUGGCUCUGUGCGAUGCCAACGGUGAUUCUUGCUUUGUGUGGCAGUUCAAUUUCAGAGACUUCAACAAGGAGAUUGAUCUUUUCAAUCCGGACUCUAUUGCGUUACUGGAGCGGCAGGGAAUUGACUUCCAAAAAAAUCAAGAAAUGGGUAUAAAUUCUGUGGAUUUUGCGAGGCUAAUCAUAAAUUCUGGUCUCUUAAGAAAUCCGACCAUCACUUGGGCAACUUUCCACAGAGCUUAUGAUUUUGGAUACUUGAUCAAAAUCUUGAUCGGGCGAGAACUGCCGUUUGAUCUGAUGAAGUUUAUGGGUCUAGUGGUACAUUUUUUUGGGUACAGGGUAUUUGAUAUUAAAAAUAUGAUCAGAAUGUGUGAUGGACUGUAUGGAGGGUUGGAGAAGGUAGCCAAGGCUCUAGGGGUGGAUCGGGUUGCUGGGUCGUGUCACCAAGCUGGGUCUGACAGUCUGUUAACGUUGCAUACCAUAAUGAAACUGAAAAAUGUACAUUUCUUUGGAAAAUUUUUGAUUGAGUUUCAGUUGGUUCUUUACGGCUUGGAAGUUGACAGAACUAGACUCUUGACUGCACCAAAGUUUCCUAAGAUUAUUUACGUUGUGCAUCCUGGAAAUUGUUGUCUAAGCAUUCCUUACUCCCUGCGGCUGCAACCCAUAAACUCACCCAGCCCUCUGGUAUUGGUGUUUCCCAGCAAGUCUUCAACUGGUGAUGGCGUUCUUGUGAGUUUGGACUGGUGUCGGAAAUUGCGUCCUCCGGCAGCCCAUCGACGACCCACAAAAUCACGUCUUCUGGUCAUCGUCGGCAACAACCCAUCAGAGGAUCGGGUCUCCUCUGUUUCGCCGUCAUUGAACCGCCGGAUUUCGCUGGAAAUCGGCUCCUCUGGCUCUGUCGGCGACGGCUCAGUAACAUCCACUGGAGAUUGGGCAUGGGUUUCACAAAAUCGCUCAGUUUCUCUCCUGGGUCGAUGGGUUUGGGUAUAUUGGUCUCGUUCCAAGGAGGCCGAAUUGGUGUUGUUAGGGUUUUUGAGUGUGUUUGUGUGUGAAUAG